GGACUUCCAGACCACCUGAGCCGGGGAUCCGGGACCUUCAGACCGCUUGAACUGGGGACCCCGGACCCGCAGACCAUGUUCCAGCCCGCGCCCAAGAGGUGCUUCACCAUCGAGUCUUUGGUGGCCAAGGACAGUCCUCCUGGGGGCGCCGCGUCCCGCUCCGAGGACCCCAUCCGGCCCGCGGCCCUCAGCUACAACCCGGGCCAGAUGAACCCGUUCUUGAACGGGUUCCACUCCGGGGCCCGGGGGGUCUACUCCUCCAACCCGGACCUGGUGUUCGCCGAGGCGGUCUCGCACCCGCCGAACCCCGCCGUGUCGGUGCAUCCGGUGGCCCCACCGCACGCGCUCGCGGCGCACCCGCUUUCAUCCUCGCACAGUCCGCACGCGCUGUUCGCCAGCCAGCAGCGGGACCCGUCCACCUUCUACCCCUGGCUGCUGCACCGGUACCGGUACCUGGGCCACAGGUUCCAAGGGAACGAGUCCGGACCGGAGAGCUUCCUGCUGCACAACGCGCUGGCCCGGAAGCCCAAACGGAUCCGAACCGCCUUCUCGCCCUCGCAGCUGCUGCGGCUCGAGCACGCGUUCGAGAAGAACCACUACGUGGUCGGAGCCGAGCGGAAGCAGCUCGCGCACAGCCUCAGCCUCACAGAAACUCAGGUACCCGAACCGAACCGGACCGGACCGGACCGGCCGAGCUCUUAA